AUGGACAAUAUCAUCUUAGCUCAUACCGCCAAUCUGUUUGCCAUUGAAGAUAACAUCCUUUCUACUUGUGUUCUCACCUAUCGUCCUUCGGCCCCUUAUGUUUCUGUAUUUCAAUAUCUCCAUGAAUGGGCUGAAAAUGACCGUCCUAUUUUUUGCCGUCUGAUGCGUACCUCUUCCUCUACUUUUUUUGAGAUUGUGAAGAGGCUGAAAGAUGGCCCAAGCUUUCAUAAUAAUUCUAAUAACCCACAGGCUCCUGCUGAGCAGCAGAUUGCAUGUGCCAUAUUCCGUUUUGGACACUAUGGCAAUGCAGCCUCUAUUAAGGACACUGCUACAUUAGCAGGAGUUUCUACUGGGUCUAUUGUGAACUAUCCAGAGCGAGUCAUGAUAGCCAUUCUCAAUAGGCAUGAUCUGUAUAUCAAGUUUCCCCAGGAUGGAGAUGCUGAUAAGAAGAAAGCAAAAGAGUGGAUACGUGUCUGUACAGAGCAUGCUUUUGCAGCUUUGAAAGGACAGAAGAGGGGAGAAAAUACAGCGGAUUGGGCUCUUGAGGAGGGAUUGGAGGAAAUCAGUGACAAGGAAGAAGACUUAGAGAUGACAGAGGAUGAGGGGAUACCUGCCUUUGAUAAUUCUUUGUCUAAUGGCCAGAACUUUCCUAACAGUCUUAUAGGUCCAAUUUUAAGAGCUCUGGCCAGAGCUUCAGCUUAA